CCGCCGCGCCGCGCCGAAGCGCGCCCGGAACGCCCGCCAGGCCGCCUGGAUGAGCUUCGCGAAGCGGCCCAGCCGCUGGGCGCGGAGCCGCUCGAGCGCGCCACGCGCGCGGCCGUCCUUGAUGAACACUUUUGUGCGGCCCACGCAGACGUCGAACGGCCCGUCGAAGAGGCCCUUCACGGCCGGCGCCGCGAGGACGCGCUCGCACGUCUCCUGCGGCGAGCCGAUCGCGUUGCCGACGAGCACCGCGUAGCGCUUCGCGAAGGAGGCGUGGGUCUCGCGGUGCGCGUAGCCGGCCCGCCGGAUGCGGAUCGCCUCGAAGAGGCCCGAGUAGCGCAGCUGCUCGAGGCAGAGCGGCGCGUCGAAGGCGUCCGGCUGCUUCAGCGCGUUCGACUUGAUGCACCGAAUGAAGUGGGGCUGCGUCUUUUCCAGGACGCGCGUUAGGCCCGCGAGCUGCUUCCGGAAGGCCGAGCCCAGCGUCUUCGUCCGCGCGUCGUCCGCGAAGAACGACGCCACGAGGCGAUUUCCCGUCGCGCCCAACGUUUUCAGCGUCGUCGAGAGCUUGUCGCGAUUCUUGGCCACGAAGCCCCGCGUUUCGUAGGCCACCGCGCCGGCGAAGUGCCGCACGGCGAACUGCGCGCCGUCCGGGCCCCGCGCCUCGAAGUGCGGGUUCUUCCGCGCGAACGUCGCGGCGCACUUGGCGCCGAAGCGGUCGUCCCGCGCGCCCUCGCCGCCCUGGCACUCGUCGUCGAGCAGCGAGAAGAGGUUGACGGGCCGGCCGUCGAAGAGGGCCACGCACCGGGCGUUGUCCUCGAACUGGACGUGGGCGAACGGGACGCCCUCCUCCUCGUAGGUCCGGAGCUCCUCGCCGAAGACGCACGCGUCGAAGAACAGCUGCAGCUUCUCGUUCGCGUAGUUGAUGCAGAGCUGCUCGAACGAGUUGUGGCGGAAGACCUCGAAGCCGAAGAUGUCCAGGACCCCGAUGCUGCUGCUCGUCGGCGAGUCGCCUCGGCGGAGCGACUCGUUGACGCGCCGGACGAGGUAGUCGAAGAGGCCCCCGUACAACGCCUUGGCGAGGGCGUCCCGCGCCGAGCGCGCCUGCUUCGUCGUGAGGCGCAGCGUGACGAUGGAGCCCCGGCCCAUGCGCUCCGUCCGCGUCGUCACGGCCGUUUCGACUUCGGUCGCGUCGAGGCCCAAGAGAGGCGCGCACCGCCCGAUCGACGUCUCAGCGUUCACGCACCUCGCGUCGUCGCCGUCGAACUCGGCGCAGCCCAGGUGAAGGACGGCCGCGACGAUGUCCAGGACGUCUUGCCGGUCCGUCACGCCGAGGGCGUCGAGGGCCCGCAGCUGCGUCGCGAACUCUUGGGCGUCAUCUAUACCAUCAAUACGCAGACAGCCGCCCCGCGCGAGGUACGGGAACUCGCGCGCCUCGCCUUCGAUAUCGCUCAGGACCUGGUACAGCGCGUGGUACGUCCGUUCCCCGGGCCCGCACCCGACGACCCGCGACUUCUCCAGCAGGUACGUGUCGAUGGCGCACCCGGCCACGCGGCGGUUGGCGUCGAACGCCACGGUCAUCCACUUGCCGAAGCGGCUCGAGUUGUCGUUCCGGAGCGUCUUCGCGUUACCGUAGGCUUCGAGGACCGGGUUCGACUCGAGGAUGCGCCGCGCGACGUCGUCCUGGGCCCCGCCGGCGACGCGCGCUAGAUAAGAGAGGAUGAUUUUUGUGGUCUCCGUCUUGCCGGCGCCGCUCUCGCCGGAGACGAGCACGGACUGCGGCGCGCCGGUCUCUCGGAGCGCGUCGUAGCAUCGCGACGCGACGGCGUAGGCGUGCGGCGCGGUCGCGUCCGCCCGGAACGCGUCGACGAUCCUGUUGGAGUAGAUCGGCAGCUUCUUGAACGGGUUCACGGCGAUGAGGAUCGACCCGACCCAGGUGUAGAUGACCGACGCCUCGAAGCGCCGGCGGACGUGGUGCAGGAUGCUGCCCUCCGUGAAGACGUCGAGGUCGCACAGGUCGUCGCCGCGCGCGUUCAGCGCGCGCCCCGCCUCGGCGACUUGUGACAUGCGCGCCUCCCGCCGGCGGCCGUCGACGUUCAAACUGACGACGCGUGAGCCCCGCCGAUCGACGCGGCCCAGCGUCCACGCCCUCUGGGGGUCCUGGACAAAGAGCCAUUCUCCCCUGUCUAGCGACGAGCGGCGCCGCAGAGCAGUCAUAUGUGUUACAAGCGCCGCCUGCGCAUAGAACAAGCUGCAAUGGCUGCCCCGCGAGGCGGCCUGCAGGGCAGCCGUGCCC